AUGAGUAAUGAUGAAAAUACUCCACUCAUUUUUGCAACAAGAAAUAAUUUUUUUGAUACUGUUAGAUAUCUUAUCUCCGUUGGAGCGAAUAAAGAACAAAAGGAAGAUAAUAGAGACACACCAAUUUAUUUGGCAUCGUAUGAUGAUCUUGUUGAAGACUUUAAACAUCUGAUCUUUGUUGGAGCUAAUAAAGAACCAAAAAAGAAAUAUGGAAUUACUCCACUCACAACUGCAGAUAUAUUAGAUCUAAGUAAUCUAAUCAAACAAUCCUAUUCGGUGGUGCACUCAAUAUUGAUACAUAAAAACCAUAGGAGGACUUUAUGUACGAAAAUGGGUUUACUCUUACUCUCGGAUUUUGUUCAUUCCGGGAUUUCUCUACAUUGA